AUGCAGAAACGGAGCAAUUUAUCCGACUUCCAAAAGGGCAUGAUCAUUGUCUUUCGGGUCAAGAGUGGAAGCAUUUCCGAAACUGCUAAUUUUGUAAACUGUUCGUUGGCCGCUGUGGUAAAAGUAUACUGUGCAGGGCAAAAUGACACUGUCCAAAAUCAGCGACAAGGCAAAUGUGGUGCACCACAGGCCAUAGAGGGUAGAGGUGAACGAAGGUUGCGGAGAUGCGUUCGGGCGAAUAGAUGUGCAACUAUUGAGCAACUGACCACCCAGAUGAAUCAAAGGGCUACCAACAGUGUCACCACAAUGACAGUUCAGAAAACGUUGUUGCAUAUGGGCCUCCGCAUAUGCCUAUGCUCCUCCUAUGUUGACUGCUGUUCAUCGACGACGAAGGAUGGAAUUUGA